CGGUGGCUCCUCCCCCUUAGAGUGGGCUGGGCAGGAGGCGUGGCUAUGCAGAUGAAGGGGCUUGACCCGCGGGGCUGUUGGGAAACAUAUGCCAGGCCCCCUUUUCUCUGUGUGAAAGUUCGCUCGUGGCCGAAAGGAAGGAGAUCUUCGCAGAAGAGGGAUGGCGGAGUCGGUCCUGCAGAGCGGCUACUUCCACCCGGUGCUCCGGGCCUGGCAGGCCUCCGCCGCCUCCUUCGACGCCGCCCACCUCGUCUACCCGGUCUUCGUCACGGACAGUCCGGAUGCCGUGGAGCCCGUCGCCAGCCUCCCCGGCCAAGCAAGGCAUGGCAUCAACAGGCUGGAGGAGCUGCUGCGUCCCCUGGUGGCUGAUGGGCUGAAGUGUAUCUUGCUGUUUGGGGUCCCCAGCAAGGCUGUCAAGGACGAGUGUGGCUCUGUCGCUGAUGCCAAAGACACACCUGUGAUCCAGGCCAUAAAAACUGUCCGCUCCUUGUUUCCUGAGCUGCUGAUCGCUUGUGACGUCUGCCUGUGCCCAUACACCUCUCACGGCCACUGUGGCAUCCUGCGGUCUGAUGGCACCCUCCAGAAUGAGGCCAGUUGUCACAGGCUGGCUGAGGUGGCGCUGGCCUACGCCAAGGCAGGGUGCCACAUUGUGGCUCCAUCAGACAUGAUGGAUGGCCGCAUCAGAGCAAUUAAGGAGGCCUUGCUCUCUAAUGACCUGGGCAACAAGGUUUCGGUCAUGAGUUACAGUGCCAAGUUUGCUUCCUGCUUUUACGGCCCUUUCCGGGACGCAGCCUUGUCCAAGCCUGCUUUUGGAGACCGGCGGUGUUACCAGCUCCCUCCGGGAUCUCGGGGGCUUGCUCUACGGGCAGUGGACCGGGAUGUGAGGGAGGGAGCAGACCUGCUGAUGGUGAAGCCCGGGAUGCCUUACCUGGACCUCGUGCGGGAAGUAAAGAACAGACAUCCCAAUCAUCCGCUGGCCAUCUACCAUGUCUCUGGGGAGUUUGCCAUGCUCUGGCAUGGAGCACAGGCUGGGGCCUUUGACCUGAAGGCUGUGGUGAUGGAGACCUUGGCUGGGUUCAGGAGAGCAGGGGCGGACAUCCUCAUCACGUACUAUGUGCCGCAGCUGCUGCGGUGGUUGAAGGAGGACCAGCUGGGUGCGAGCCACUUGGCAUCCGCUCGGGAACAGCAAGAAUAAGCACAAGAAAACGGCUAGGAAGGGUGUCCCCCCCACUUGGCCCCAACUUAAGCUACACACAGAGAGAUGCAUCCACCCACCCUUUAAAGGCCCAGCAGGGCCCAUUUCUGCCCAGGUUCAGAGCUGCCUCCUUCCGCUUUCUCAGCUGGGUCACUGCUUUUAAGUAUUUUUGGCCAGCCAGGAGCUGCUGGAAUCUUUGCCUGCAGGCCGCUCAGCUACAUCAGCAUCAGGUAGCCUCUGAGUGGCUCAUGCACCACAAGUCCCCUGCCCUGGUGGGUGUGCAGACAGGGUUAGGCCCCUUAACUCCAGGUGUCAGACCAGUCUGGGGCCUUCUUUUCAUGGGCCCAAUGAGGGGGGGGAGUUUUAUUUGGGGCCUGUAUUUGCUCUAUUGCUGAGAGCGUCUCAGACAGUAGCCCUGCUCAGCUCAGGCCUUUGCUGCGAAGGGCUCCCUCUCCAAACAGAAGAUAAGUCUGAAAGGUGGCAUGAGAACUCUUGUCCCUUUGCUGUAUUUUUUAGUGGGAAGUAUGCAGAAAUAUUUUUAUAGGUUUAAAAAUGCUGGCCAGGAAAAUAAAAAAGGAUGUGGGAAUGAAUGAAA